AUGGAGAAUACCCACGCGCCACCGCCUCGACCUCUGUACAAGCAGAACUCGUGGUCGCCUGAUACGCUCCGCGACGAGACGUGGCAGCGCAGGAAAAGCAGCUGCAGCGCCCGCCGCCUCAAUCGCAGCAAAAGCGUCUCGGAAGACGAUUUGGAGGAGCUCAAAGCGUGCAUUGAGCUCGGGUUUGGGUUCGAUUCGCCCGUUAUCGACCCGAAACUGUCCGAUACUUUACCCGCCUUGGAGUUUUACCACGCUGUAACUACGCAGUGCAGUAAGAGCGUGUUAACAGAAGUUGGUGAUGCGGAGAUGGUGAAGAUGAGGUUGAGGCAAUGGGCCCAAUUGGUCGCUUGCGCGGUUCGGCAAUCAUCUUCUUCUAUCUAA